GGGAAUGGGUGGUUGGUUGGAGAGAACGCCGGAAGUGGUGGAAGGUCGGGCGUUCUCUCCUCCCUCCCACGCCUUUGCCACGUGCGGUUCCGGGUGGGCAGCGGCGGGCAGCGUUCCCGGGCCGCCCUGGCAUCUAGAAGGCAGGAAUUUUGCUCCAGGAAGCCUGCUUGCACACGCGAUGUAGGAGCAGUGUUUCCACCAGGCAGGGCAGAAAUAGAGGCUGUGUUCUCACGACUCACGGACCUACAAACUCGCCGAUUGCUUUCACCCAGCAGAAUUGCUGGCAGCUCGAACACGUGACCACAAGAUCCCCCAGCGCUCACUUGGUCAGAAAGAUUUCAUUCCUGAUGGAUCCAAAGAACAAGAAUCAAAGCUGCGUCAAUGCCGGAAAGAACACUGGCAACUUUUGGAGGAGCAACGUGUAGUGCGCUUGGGAAGUCUGGUGAAGGCUGAGUGGAAGCCUCAGGAGGGUAUUGUGGAACUGAAAUCCCCCGCAGGGAAAUUCUGGCAUACGAUGGGGUUUGCACAGCAUGGAAAGCAGUGCCUGCUUCCAGAAGAAGCCCUAUAUCUCCUGGAAUGCGGAUCCCUUCAGUUGUUCUACAGAGAGCUGCCUUUGUCAGUCCAGGAAGCCUAUGAGAAUCUGCUGUCUCCAAAGUCGGUCAGCCUGCUAAAUUACCAGGUAUAUAGCCACUUGAAGCGACUGGGUUACAUCGUUUUGAGAUUCCAUUCCAGCACCAUCCCAACGCCUUACGAGAGGCAGCUGAAUCUGGAUAGCCACUAUCAAAGAACAGAGAGAGGCGGCCACAAGAGGCGAAGGAGCUCCAGCCCUCGGUCGCAAGACAAGAAAUCCAAACUGUCUGAGAAAUCCCAGGAAUUGUCACCUAAAAUGGCCAAGAUCCAUCAUGCUCAUUCCAGCCCUCCGGCAUCAGAUGGCUCACCCAAAGCAAGAAUAAAGGCAUCAGAUCCCAAAACUGCCAAUACAGAGUUGGUCCCAUCUUCAAGUGUCACAAGGGAAUGUAGUGAAUUGUCCACUUGUGUUCAAGACUACACAGAGACAUGUAGCAAGACCCCUGGGGAAAGCCAUCGUGAUAUCUGUGCAUCCAGGUGGAAUUUCACCUCCGUUGAUUUUCCCAACAUGGGUGCUGAUUACCCUCGAGUCUCCCUGCCAGAGCCUGAUAAGAGGCUCCUCCCAGAGAACGUAGCGGCACGGGCGGUUGACGCAAGCCAUUGGCGCAGGCGGCUCAACCAGAAACGUGAGAGGUUGACUUGCAAGGAACAGGAGCAGCUGAAGUGGGAGAGCAGAUACAAGAGGAGUAUCAAUGAGGAUGCGGAAGUCAGGCGCUGCACCACCUGGCAAGCAUACAAGGCACUUCUGAAAGAGAGGAGCGGUCUGGCAGAUCUCUGCAUACAGGCAGUCACCCCACUAGUGAAGCCAAACCAAGGACUUUCCACAGCUGACAUCCUUCAAAAGAUCAGCGUUUUCCAACCCACACACUUAUCAGAGGAAGCAUUUCAAUUACAGAAUCAUUCAUCAGAGCUAAAGAUAGAUUUUGAUGUGUAUCAUGCUGAUGCAGCUUCAACUUUUAAAAAGAAUGAUCCUGGGAAGCCUUAUGUACGGAUGUGCGUUCGAAGGUUUGAUGAGCAGGUCCCGUCCCUGAAGAUUGUGAAGCAACUAUCUUACCAAAGUGGUGAUGUUCCUGUGGUGUUUGCUCUCGUUGACAAUGGAAACCUCACUUUCUUCUCUUUUAAGGGGUUCAAAUUGCCAACUGAUGUUUAUUCCUGAUGCCGAUGCUGUCAUCUGGAGAAGCUGUUUUAUGAAUGAAUGUGUUGAAAUAAAAGAUUACUCAGGUCUUGAUACUGUUCAGUUGGAGAUUGCCUGGAAUGCUGACUAACAGUACUGUGCUGCCAAAGUACUGUAUAGCAAGAGCCUAAGAGGAAAAAACGGUUCCAACAAAAUCUCUUCUGAUUAGAAACACAGCUGUUUUAUUCUUUCAAUCCACAAGUUCUCUGUUUUUAGUUUGCUAUUACCUAAAGCAGCAUUUCUGCCAAUCUGGAACAGUUUACUAAUCUCGGGUCUAGGCAAAGACCCACAAUAUAUUUUGGCACCAGCCGAAUGUAGAAGCUGGAAGCUACUUUCAUGAUUCACCAAAUAGCAAAGACAAAAAAAGGUCAUUUUUUCCUAAUAAUCUUUCGUUCCAGACCCAAGUAUAAUUAUGGGACAUAUGAGAAUGGUGGCUGGGUAUAUAGGUCACUCGUCACUUUUUCUACCAGAAAAGAAAGGCGGCUACCAAAUGCGUAGUUUAUACAGAAUCAAUGGAAUUAUACCACCACUUAAUUUCUACUUGCAGAUCUAUAUAAUGUAUCUAAUUUACUUAAGGUUUGGGUUACUGUUAGUGGAAUGCCAUGAUCUGCUUCUGCUUUCUAGCAUAUCCUAGAUGCAGUUUAAGAUGGCUGGAAAUAAUCACCAAGUUUAUUUUACACUCUUGGCUGCUAUAAAUUUUUUUUCCUCCAGAUACCAACAUUUUUUCUUUACUAUGAAAUUCCACGGCAGUUGAACCUUCCAAUGUUACUAGGCACUGUAAAAGGCACUGAAUAUUUUCUUGUUCAGGAGUAGCUUUCAUGAGAAAUUUUACAUAGAAAUUGCAGAAAAAUUGUUUUGAUUUUGAGGUUAUUUCAGUUUGGAAGCAAAAGCAAUAAAAUUAUUUGUGUUAACAGAA